CUGGAGGAGUUCAUGGAGGAGCUGGCGCCCGCCCACUGGCCACCUGGCAAGCGAGUGGCUUACUGCUUCGAAGCGGCAGCUCAGAGGAGCGCUGACAAAAGCACUUGUCCCAUGAAGGAUGGAAAUCCAUUUGGUCCCUUCUGGGAUCAGUUCCAAGUGGAUUUUGAUAAGUCUGAGCUCUUCAAGGGAAUCUCCUUCAGUUCUGCGUACAAGGACCAUUGGAUCCAAAGGUUUCCACCAUCUGAGCACCCUGUACUCGCCUUACCUGGAGCUCCGGCCCAGUUUCCAGUCUUAGAGGAGCAUCGACCUCUCCAAAAGUAUAUCGUGUGGUCCGAUGAAAUGGUGAAGAAAGGAGAAGCCUACAUUGACUCUCUGCUGGUCAGACCCUACGUAGGAAUUCAUCUGCGGAUCGGCUCGGAUUGGAAAAAUGCUUGCAACAUGUUAAAGGACGGGACGGCUGGGCCGCACUUCAUGGCUUCACCUCAGUGCGUGGGCUACGACCGAAGCGCUGCGGUCCCUCUCACCAUGGACAUGUGCCUGCCAGACCUCAAAGAGAUCAAGCGUGCUCUCAAGCUCUGGGUGGAAAAGACAGAAGCUAAAUCUGUUUAUAUCGCUACUGAUUCUGAGCCCUACACACAGCAGUUCUUCCAAGGAAAGAUCAAGGUUGUUAGCUUGCAGCCAGAAGUGCCUCAGAUUGACUUGUACAUUCUUGGCCAGUCCGAUCACUUUAUCGGGAACUGCGUCUCUUCGUUUACUGCCUUUGUGAAAAGAGAGCGUGACGUGCAUGGAAAACCCUCUUCGUUUUUUGGCAUGGACCACCCGCCAAGAUUACGGGAUGAAUUCUGA